CUCACAUUUCAUGAAAGGCAUGCCAUAAAGGCAGCUGGAUUCAGUGACAACGCUUCUCAACACCUGCAUCUGAUGCUUGACACAUUUGAGGCUCUGGAUAAAUCAUGUCGGACAAUAUACUUGAGGAACUCUUCAUAAAAAGGUCUCAGCAGAAGAAAAAGACCUCCCCUUUAAACUACAAGGAGCGCUGGUUCAUUCUUACCCAAGAGAGAAUAGCCUACUACGACUAUGAUGCUGAGAAAAUGAAACGAAAAGGAUAUAAGGGAUCUGUGGAUAUUGAGAAGAUAAAAUGUGUGGAGAUUGUCCAACCAGAGCCCGGAGCACCAUCAGAACGCAGCUUUCCAUUCCAGAUCAUUUAUGAUGAGGGGCCAUUGUAUAUUUUUGCCAGAAGUGAAGAAGUUCGUGCUCAGUGGAUUCAAAAGUUGAAACAGAUGGUGUGCUACAAUAAAGAUCUGGUGCAGAAGUACCAUCCAUGUUUUUGGGUGGAUGGGCUGUGGCUGUGUUGUCAACAGGAAGUUAAACAGGCCAUGGGUUGUAAAGUCUUGACUGGCAAAAAUGGUUUCCCAUCUCAACGAAGAAAGUCUCGAGCCAGGGAAAAGCCUCUUCCUCCUACACCCACAGAGGAAAACCGUCGACCAUUACCCCCCGAGCCCCCAGAGCCCUCGGGCCCUUCUGUGGGAAUGACAGUGAGAGCAGAGUAUGACUACGCCCCAGUAUCGGCACAGGACCUGGAGCUAAAGAAGGAUGGGGAGUACAUUAUUCUGGAGAUGUCUGAUGCCAACUGGUGGAGGGCCAAGGACCAGUUUGGAAAUGAAGGAUAUAUACCUAGUAACUAUGUGGUGGAGGCAAAAACUGGGUUAGAGCGAUUUGACUGGUAUUGUAAGAAUAUGAACCGUAGCAAAGCAGAAGCACUAUUAAAGUCUGAGAACAAAGACGGUGGCUUCUUGGUACGAGACUCAAGCAAGGCUGGGAAGUACACUGUGUCUUUAUUCAGCAAGGGCGGCGGGGAAACCACUGGAAGCUGCAGGCAUUAUAACAUAUGCACCACGCCACAGGGCCAGUAUUACCUGGCAGAGAAGCACAAUUUUAGCACUAUCCCGGAACUCAUCAACUACCAUCAACACAAUGCAGCAGGUAUGGUAAGCAGACUCAAAUACAUUGUUUCCAACCGGGCACAACCACCUUCGACAGCAGGACUUGGCUAUGGCAUGUGGGAGAUUGACCCGCGUUACCUGACCUUCAUAAAAGAGCUGGGCAAUGGUCAGUUUGGGGUAGUGAAAUAUGGCAAACUGCGAGGCCAGCACGACGUGGCUAUAAAAAUGAUUAAAGAAGGCUCUAUGUCUGAAGACGAUUUUAUUGAAGAAGCCAAAAUAAUGAUGAAGCUACGUCAUGAAAACCUGGUGCAGUUGUAUGGUGUGUGCACCAAACAAAGGCCCAUUUACAUUGUUACCGAGUAUCUCUCCAAUGGCUGCCUGCUGACUUACUUAAAGGAAGGUUUGACGCAACAUCCAACCAUGGUUCAACUUUUGGAGAUGUGCAAGGAUGUGACUGAGGGGAUGGCCUAUCUGGAAUCCAAACAGUACAUUCACAGGGAUCUGGCUGCCAGGAACUGCUUGGUGGAUAGCAAUGGCACUGUUAAAGUGACGGACUUUGGACUGUCAAGGUAUGUCUUAGAUGACGAGUACACAAGUUCAGCAGGCUCAAAGUUCCCAGUUCGCUGGUCUCCCCCUGAAGUGCUCCUCUACUGCAGGUUCAGCAGCAAAUCCGACAUCUGGGCAUAUGGGGUGUUAAUGUGGGAGGUGUACACCUUAGGAAGACUUCCAUAUGAACGCCUCAAUAACACUGAAAUAGUUGAUCAAGUAUCCCGUGGUCUGCGUCUCUACCGCCCCCAGCUGGCCAAUGAAAAAAUCUACAGCAUUAUGACUAUCUGCUGGCAGGAGAAAGCAGAUGAAAGACCCACAUUUCAAGAACUGUCUGUAACUGUCCAGGACUUGCUGUAUGAGCUUCAGUAGCAGUUUUGGUGUGAUCAUUUCAGCCUAGGCCUAUGUUUUUCUUUCAUGAAAACAAAGCAAAUUGAAUAUGUUUUUUUUUUUUUUUGUGUGUGUGUGUGUGUUUUUAUGUGAAUAUAAUGUGAAUAUUUAAAGGCUAACUAUAUACGAUUAAUAUUAAAUGUUUCAACUUUGAUUUAGAAGGUGGGAAUAAAUAUUUAAAAUCCA